AUGAGUCGCGAGGAGGAGAAAAAAAGCGUCAAUGUCUUCAUCUACGAUUGUUUACUGGGACGAAACCAGCGUUGUUUCGCCAUUGAAGCACUGAGGGGUAAAACGGUUCCUGCCUUGCCUGUCUUCAUCCAAAUACAGCCUGGCGCGUGCAGAGGAGAAGGGCUCACUGAAUCACUGAGUACUGCAGACGUCGCGCGUAAAAGCCAACUGGAAGGAACGGGAUAA